AUGUUAUUAGCUGCAAUUGGCAUUGAUGCAGCAAAUGCCAUGUUUCCAGUGGCUUAUGAUGUAGUGGAGAAGAAGUACAAAGGCUGUUGGACAUGGUUUUUAAAUUUAUUGAAGAAGGAUUUGAAGAUUGAUGAACCAGAUAGAAUAACAAUGAUUUCAGAUAGGCAAAAGGGCUUCGAAAAGGCAUUAAGUACUGUAUUUCAAGGUUUGGAAGUGAGAUUCUGUGUGAGACAUAUGCAUGCCAAUUUCAAGAAGCAAUUCCCUGGACUCUUACUUAAGCAAAUGAUGUGGGACGCUGCAAGGGCAGCAACUAAAGUGGAAUGGAAAAAUAGGAUGAAUGAAAUUAACCAAGAGAAUGUCAAGGCAUAUGAAUGUUUCAACAAUGCCAUUCUUGAUGCCAGAGACAAAUCUAUUAUCACUCUGCUAGAAAAUAUUAGGUAUUGGAUGAUGAGUUUGUUCUGCAAUAGAAGAAUGAGUGUCUCUAAGUGUGUGCAUCCUGUUUCCAAAAGAAUUAUUGACAUCAUUGAGAAAAGAAUGAAUGUUGCUAAGCAUUGUUUCCUUAUGCAUGCUGGAGGUGAUCCAGUGGGAUUCAUUGAUGACUACUACAAGAGGCAAGAAUAUGAAGCAACUUAUGCGACACCAAUCGAACCAAUGCCUAGCCCAGAUAAGUGGCCUGACACUGGUCUAAAUUCGAUACAUCCUCCAACAGAGACAAUUUUACCUGGAAGGCCUAAAAAGUCUAGAACAAAGAGGCAGAUGAACCACCACCUACUACUGCAACAAAGGGUAGGAGAGUUGGCCAAGUUAAUCACUGCAGCAAUUGCAAGUAGACAGGCCAUUCACGAGUAA